GCAAAUUGCUCUAAAAAAAACAGUUCAUUGGACUUAAGCGCAAUGAAGUCUCAUGUCUGAACUGAAGAUCAGUUACUUGUGAAGAAGCUUCUCAUCCCUGCACAGUGCUAGCUAUAAGCUACGCAGACCAAGAUGCGAAAACAGCCCUGGACAGUCGUCUAAUUUACAUUUCCAUGGCCAUCCUCCACCACUCUAACAUUUCCUUCUCACUUACAACCACAACAACUCUUUCUCUCACCAAAAAACACCAAUGCCCAUUUCAAACCAUACACUCCAAUCUCAGUUCUUUCCGUUUCCCAAUCCACACUUCGCCGUAUCUUCGCCCUUUCCGUUCUUCAAAAAAACACGGCGCCGAAACAAUAGUCCGGCGGCAUUGGGCUCGAUUUUUCGGUUCGGUUACGCCACUCGAAAGUUGGUGGAGAUUACAUGAUGAUCAGGAAGAAGAAGAGAAACCACAAUUACCUUCUGCAGAAGAACCUGUUACGGUGUCGUUCGCUAUUCGGAGAAUGUGGGAGUUGAUUGGGGACGAUAGAUGGAUUGUCUUCGUGGGCUGCGGUGCUUUGAUUGGAGCCGCUGUUUCUGAGAUUUCAAUGCCUGGUAUACUGACAGCAGCUAUUUUUUCAGCUCAACGAGGUGAUUCCAUGGUGUUUUAUAGGAACUCGCAGUUACUGGUUCUAUUGUGUCUCAUCUCGGGAGUCUGCAGCGGUAUCCGAAGUGGCUGUUUCGCAGUUGUUAAUACAAUUUUGAUCAGGCGACUAAGAGAAACUCUAUAUUCUGUGAUCAUCUUCCAGGAUAUAUCGUUUUUUGAUAGAGAAGCUAUUGGGGAUUUGACAAGCAGGCUUGGGGCAGAUUGCCAACGGCUUUCUAGUGUCAUUGGGAAUGAUAUUAACUUAAUUUUACGGAAUCUACUUCAGGGGACAGGGGCAUUGGUUAAUUUGUUGAUGUUAUCUUGGCCUCUUGCAUUAUCUGCAAUUGUGAUAUGCUCUGUGUUAUCUACAAUUUUUCAUCACUAUAGUUGGUAUCAAAAGAGAGCUGCAAAGUUGACGCAAGAUUUCACUGCUGGUGCUAACGAGGUUGCACGAGAAACACUUUCUUUGAUAAGAACAGUCCGGAUUCAUGAGACAGAAGAAAAAGAAGAAGGAAGGUUCAACCAUUGGCUGGAUAAAAUAGCUUUCAUAACUAUUCGAGAAAGUGUGGCUUAUGGACUCUGGAAUCUGAGCUUUUUUACUCUAUAUCGUUCAACACAGGUUUUUGCAGUUCUUUUGGGAGGAAUGUCAAUUCUAAGUGGUCAUGUAACGCUUGAGCAUCUUACCAAGUAUGUUUUGUACUGUGAAUGGUUAAUAUAUGCAACUUGGAGAGUGACAGACAAUGUAUCAACAUUAGUGCAGUCAGUUGGAGCAAGUGAGGAAGUUUUUCAAUUAAUGAAUCUUGUGCCCUGUAAUCAGUUUCUAUCAAAAGGUGAGAAAUUGCAGAAGAUAAUGGGACACAUUCAGUUUGUGAAUGUUUCGUUUUGCUAUUCUUCGAGAAUGAAAGUACCGGUUCUAGAUCGUGUAAACUUUUCUAUAGAAGCAAAUGAAGUCAUUGCAAUUGUCGGCGCAAAUGGUAGUGGAAAGAGCACAAUAAUCAAUCUUUUGCUUCGUCUUUAUGAACCCAUCAGUGGUCAGAUUUACAUUGAUGGUAUCCCUCUUAAAGAGUUGGAUAUUAGGUGGCUGAGGGGAAAAGUCGGCAUGGUCGAACAGGAACCCCAUCUGUUUCAUAUGGAUGUGAAGUCAAACAUCAAAUAUGGCUGCUCUAGAGAAAUUAAACAGGAAGACAUAGAAUGGGCGGCCAAGCAGGCAUAUGCCCAUGAUUUCAUCUCAUCUUUCCCUGAUGGUUAUGAAACCCUUGUUGAUGACAAGUUACUCAGUGGGGGACAAAAGCAGCGAAUAGCUAUAGCCAGGGCCAUUCUUAGAGACCCUGCUAUUUUGAUCCUCGAUGAAGCUACUAGUGCUCUAGAUUCUGAAAGUGAACAUUAUGUGAAGGGGGUUAUUCACGCAUUCAGGAAUAACCUGAAUUCCAAAAGAACUGUUAUUGUCAUAGCGCAUAGGUUCUCUACAAUCAAAGCUGCUGACAGAAUCAUAGUUAUGGACAGCGGCAGAGUCAUUGAGAUGGGGAACCACUUCGAGCUCAUGUUAAAAGAUGAAUUUUAUGCAAACUUAGUUCGAGCUCAGACAGAGGUUUGUUGGCUUGAUUCUAGUUGACUACAUUUGCCACGCGGCCUCUUCUGUCUAAUACCACUCCAUCCAGCAUCCUUGGUUUAAUGACUCGACGAGCUUGGUUGGUCAACUCACUUGGGCUUAGGGAUGUCUAUUCGAUUUGGCAGGGUGGUACAUUGUAGUGAUUUGUCCCUAACAAUACAAUAGGGGAGGGGGGCUCCCUAUUUAAAAAUUGAUGGGAUACAAACCUUGCACUUUUUAUGAGUUUUAAAAAUAAAAUAAAUUUAAUUAGAAAAUUCACUAGUUUUUACAAAAAUAUAUGUAAUCGCAUUAUUAAGGCAAUUAUGUGCGAAUUACAUGUUUAUGGCCUUUUAUAUAUACCUACUAUAUAGCCACACAUUGAGUUAUUACUAAUGAAUAGCUAUUGUAAAAAUUAAAAUGAUAAAAUAAAAACCUAAUUUAUUUGAAAUUCUAAAA